AUGACGCACCAAAAUCACCAAACAAACGGUGCUAGUCUCGAGGAUUGCCACACAAACUUCUUCGCCUUGACUGAACUUCACGGCAUAAAAUGGCGUAAGCUAGUAUGGGGCGAGACAAGCGGCGGCGGCGAGACCGAAGAUGGGGCGGCACCUCUGGCCGAUCCUGUGAUCAGCAGCUAUGCGCGGUGUCUUGCUGGAGACAUACUGUGCGUAUGGCGACGUGUGCCGGCCCCGCAACCACUCGACUUAGAUAUGAGUACGCCAGCGCCAGCGCCGCCGCCGCUUUCCCUGCGAGCCUCCAAGGAAUUGUGGAUUUUCUGGUACGGCGAGGAGCCCGACCUCACCGGACUCGUCGCUUCCGAACUGCUGGAGAGUCGUGCGAAGUGGCGCGAAGACGGCGAUAAGUGGCGCUGUGGCUGGCACACGGCGCUCAGCCGCACGCUGAUCGAUACCGGUCACAUCGCCGUACCCGGUCCCCGCCUGCAUGCAUCACAAUACAAUCUUCGCAAGACACCCGACGGCUCUACGGCUUCACAACUCCCUUUCUUCGAGUUUCUAAUGUCACAUUUAGAAUUCAUUUGGAACAAACACGCGAGCGUGUGA